AACUUAGGCAACUAAGGCCUCCUAUUAAUUGGUCUGUAGUUAUAUUAGUUGGCAAUGCUAUUGUUAUUCAGAAAUGAAAUAAAGGAUACAUAAUCCUAUGGAGACAGUUUUAUCGAGAAUAACAGGAGUAAGAGCGUGCCGUAAUGAACGUUGGAGCUAGUGGCGAAGUGGCCGGGGAGGUGGCCCUCAUAGCAGAGGAGUUGAGCAGAGCUGUGGAGCUCACUCUCAACUCCUGUGUUGCUCAUGAGGCCCGCAACCAGGCCUAUGAUGCUUGUGAGAGCUUCAAAGAGAACUCUCCAUGGUGUGCUCAAGCUGGCCUUUUGCUAGCUAGUAGCACUCAUUACUCGGCUGUGGUCAAACACUUUGGCUUGCAGCUUAUGGAACACACCGUUAAGUACAAGUGGACUCAGAUUACACAGGCUGAAAAGCUAUUUAUUAAGGAAAAUGCAAUGAAGCUAUUAUACAUGGGUGGUUGGGAAACUGCUCACCUGAAUGACGCCCUUGCCCGCGUCAUUGUAGAGAUGAUUAAACGCGAGUGGCCCCAACAGUGGCCCACAUUACUCGCUGAAUUGAGCGACGCUUGCUCUAGAGGCCAUAUGCAUACUCAGAUUGUGCUACAUGUCUUCCUGAGGCUUGUCGAGGAUGUUGCUACCUUGCAGAGACACUGCAUGAGUGCGGCGCCGCUGGUGACGUGGGCUUAUGUGGAGCAGUGGACGCGCGCUGCUCUCGAUAAAGUUGACACCUGCCCACCGCAUCUCGACCAACACCAUCCACUGCACGUCGAGUGGGAGGCACUCUCGCAGGUGCUGGACGUGGUGCUAUCGCGGCUGCUGCAGGCGGAGCCGCGGCCCAGCGUGCUGGAAGGGCUGAACCUGCUGCAGCGUUGUGUAACCGUGCAGCCACCGUCGCCGCUCAUACUCUCACUGCUGCUGUCCCUCAUCUCCGCGCUCUUCGUGUUCCUCAGCUGCGCGUACAGCCAGCUCGCGGGCCCUGGCGUAGGUGUGGCUGGUGCAGAUCUGCUGCCGCGCGUGUUGGACAAGAUCUUCGCGGCGCUGGUCUACGAAGGUGCGCCAGCGCACGACCGCCGCGCGCGCCAGGUUAAGAACGUGCGACGCCACGCUGCGGGGCUGCUCGUCAAGCUCGGCUCCAAGUACCCGCUGCUGCUGCUGCCCGUGUUCGGGCGCUUGCACGAGCUGAUCCGCACUGCGCUGGCGCGACCCGACCUCAGUGCCGUCGAAUCCGUCACGCUGCAGGAAGCGCUGCUGCUCGUCUCCAACCACUUCUGCUGCUUCGAGCGACAGAGUCAGCUCGUCGCACAGGUACUAGGGGACUGCAGCGACCGCUGGGCAGCGCUGAGCCCCCACGUGUCGACGGCGGCCGGCCUGGCACGGCUGGUGGGGCUGGACGCGGCACCGACGCCGCCCGACACGGAAGCACCCGACGACGACGCCGGCCGCGCCCGAAGGACGUUGCUCCACGCCCUGACGCUGCUUCUGGGUGUUGUUAAACGCACGCAGGUGCCCGCCGACCCUGACAAGGCGUCCCGCGGCGGGUUCAGCGCGGGCGUGACCCCGUCGGGCAACCCGAUCUGGCGCAACCCGUGCGGCGGGCACGUGCUGCCGCUGUUCCCCGCCGCGCUGGCGCUGGCGCGCGCGCUGCACGACCUGCACGCGCCCGAGAACGCCUCCCUGCGACACCCCCUGCACGCGCGCGCGCUGCUGCCGCCGGCCGCCGAGCGCCGCAACCUGCUGGGCCUGCGGGACGCCGACGCCGCGCCCACCACGUCGCAGGACAGGAUGCAGAACUUCCUGCACACGCUACAUGACAAUGUGUGCCAUUUAGUGGGCGCUGCUGCAACUACACUAGGACGCGAGUUGUACGCGGCCGCAGGUCUAGCCAGGUUCCUGGCGGGAUCACUUCUCCAUGGACUGGAGCACCUGCCCGACCAUUGGCUGCGGCCCGUGGUCCGCGCGGCGCUCAAACCGCUGCUGCUGCAUUGCCCGCCCGCGCACUACCACACAGUUGCUUUGCCCAUCGCGCAGCAUAUGCACGCGUUCAUGUUAAUACAUCUAUCGCAGCGGUGGGACUACAUCACGUCACUAUACGAAUCCGGCAAACUGGAAGAAGAGGGUGGAAGUGAGUCGCAGGAGGUUCUAGAAGACAUACUUGUCAGAAACCUUAGUAGGGAAUAUUUAGAUGUGCUCAAGAUAACUUUAGUAGAAGGGGGACUGACAGUAGAAACUCCGGUGGGAGACAUGGAAGAAGACCCUCCGGCAACGGCAACCGUACAGCGUGCGCCUGAGCAGGUGUCCGAGCUCGGGGCCUUAAUUCUGGCACACCCGAUUGCCGGGCCGGCGGCGUUGCAUCUCAUCCUGCGCGCGCUGACGUGGAACGACUCGACGGUGUCGCUGCGCGCGUGCCUCGUGGCGCUGCCGGCGCUGCGCUCGGCGCUGGAGGCGGGGCGCGUGGGCGCGGCCGAGGCCAGCGGCGCCUUGGCCGCCGUGCUGCAGGCGCUGAGGACGCACGGCCAGCACGAGGCCAACCAGGCCGCGCUGCUCGCCUUGGCCGUGCAGACAUACGAGGCGCUGAGGCCUCGGUUCCCGGGCAUCGUGUCCGUGCUGCGCGCCAUCCCGGACGUGGACGCCCACGACCUGCAUCGCCUCGACGAGAAGCUCUCCGCCACCCCUGCCAAGCCAUCCAAGAUCGACAAAAGUAAAAGAGAUCUCUUUAAGAAGAUCACCUCGAGGUUAAUCGGUCGAAACGUCGGACAGCUAUUUAAGAAAGAAGUGUACAUUCUAGAUCUGCCUACCAUGCAUACAGCUAAAGAGAAGCCCCGAAGCGCCGUAGACACGCCAGAGGGCGCGGGCCUAGAAAACCUUUUCACGGCACACGCGCCCACGUAGUCUAAUUAAUGAAAUAAAAUACCACUAGCCAUAUCUACUCGCAAUGUUGAACAUUCUACUGUGAAUAACCAUUUAUAUGUUAUUUAAUUAUAUUAUUGAACUGUA